CGCGUGCGUUCGGUAGCAAUCGGGUCCAGUCGUUCCUUCCGUGCGGCGUGCCGGCGGAUCACGUGUGUGUGCUCACCGCCGAAAGUCCCGCAGAGGUAGCUUACUCAUCGGUCGGAGUGAGUGGAUUUCGUGGUGCGGUUCGUUUUUUUAUUUUUUUUGGCGGUUAAUAUUUUCUCUCGUUCAAAUCGCGUUUUAUGAUAUUCGACCGCCGUCGGUUAUCGUUUAAUUCGGUUAUCAAAUAUAAUAUAUAUUAUAAAAAAAAAAAACACUACACACCAGUGCAAUAAUAUUAUACGCGUUCCGUUUGAGCUGCAGAGCUGCGUGGUCGGUCGAGUCUUAACGGACAUCAUCAUUCGCGCCCUGCGCAAAAAUAUAAAAUUUACAAAAAGCUGGUUCGAAGGACUGUUCUGGCAAAGUUCGUGUCAGAAGUGAAUAAUAUCGCACUCUCGAGAAAACUAGAGAGUCUUGUCGCUUGAGAUUUCGAAGGUGCAAAAUCCGAAAACCGGUGAAAAAAUAACGGGUGCAUACUGGACAUACUGGACAAAUAUUGCAUUUCGUGAUUAUCCAGAAGAUGGUCCAGAUACAUUUCACGGCCAAGAAUAUUUAAUCAAAUAUAUUUAUGGUGUUAUGAUUUUUAAUAAAUAAAAUCAGUAUACGUUGGCUUCUCAAAUCGUCAGAUUCCGAUAGCUGCAGCAGAAAUAAACAAUAUUCAAGGAUCAAAUCAUUGCAAAAAAGAAAUGCAUCAGUCGCUGGAAUACAACGUGGGAAAUGGCAGGCGGUGGUCGGUCGAUCCACACAGUGGACAAGCCGAUAACUUGGGCCAAUCGUCUUGGUAAACGACAGCGACGAGUGACGACGAAACAACCGUGACGAUAGAGAGUACAGUUCUCAGAUAAUUAGCAAACAAAACUUAAUAUAAUAAUAUAUUAACCAAAGUCGAGACCUGUGAACUCGACAUGGAGACCGUCACCGUUGCCGAAGAAGAACUGACCACUAUGAAGUACGUCAACGCGUCGAAAGAGUUUACGGUCGAGGAGAUAAACUCAUUUUUUUUUUACGAAACUAUCCAGUUCACAGUCUUGUGGAUAUUGUUCCUGUCGAUCGUACUUGGUAACGGAGCCGUACUGGUGGCCCUGUCGUUCAAUAAGGCCCGCAAGAACCGAAUGAACUUUUUUAUCAUGCACCUGGCACUGGCUGACUUGUUGGUAGGACUGGUGAGUGUUAUGAUCGACAUGAUAUGGAGAACAACCGUCACCUGGUCAGCCGGUCCAAUUGCUUGCAAAGUCGUCAAAUACUUACAGGUGGUCGUCACGUAUUCGUCUACGUACGUCCUGGUCGCACUCAGCAUCGACAGAUACGACGCCAUCACGCACCCGAUGAACUUUUCCAGUAGCUGGCGUCGGGCCAGAGCAUUGAUCGGAUGCGCUUGGAUUUUGAGUUUCGUUUUCGCCGUACCCAGCGUAUUUAUUAACGAAGAGACGAUAAUAGAAGGUCGCACCCAGUGUUGGAUCGAAAUGUCGCCUUGGCAAUGGAAACUGUACAUAAGCAUAGUGGCGACGACGGUGUUCGUCGUGCCGGCAAUAGUCAUCAGCGGAUGUUACGCCAUUAUCGUGUACACGAUUUGGUCCAAAAGCAAACUCCUGUCACCGGCCAAAAAUAACACGCUACAACGCGGCACCAAAAAGCCCGAAGAGCACGACAUCAGAAGGUCCAGUUCACGAGGCAUCAUACCGAAAGCGAAAAUCAAGACCGUAAAAAUGACAUUCGUUAUUGUGUUUGUGUUCAUCCUGUGCUGGAGCCCAUACAUAGUGUUCGACCUGCUACAAGUGUACGGCUACAUACCGAAAACGCAAUCGAGCGUGGCCCUGGCAACGUUCAUACAGAGCCUGGCGCCGCUCAAUUCCGCCGCCAACCCCAUCAUAUACUGCUUGUUCUCCACUCACAUCUGCAGAUCUCUCAGGCAAGUGCCGCCGUUCAGAUGGUUGUUGUGUUGCCGAAACGGAACACAAGAGCAACUGAGCUACACGGAAACACUAACAUCGUCUAAUCGACAGGUGAACACGUCUCUGCUGCGGAAUGCCACCGUGCACGUGCACUCGGUGGUCAGGGCUCCUGUGUUAGACCGCAUGGGCAUAUCGACGGAGAAGAACAGCUACGCCGAUUCGCUGCUUUAAGAAGGCCGGCACGGCGCACUCCAUAUGCACCCCACGACGUAUUACUAUUAUUAUUAUUAUUAUUAUAAUGAUUAAUAAUAUUAUAUUAUACGAGUAAAUUAUAAGAACAUAUUAUUAUUAUUAUUAUUAAUAUUCUGUCCCCCAUCCCUUUGUGCGAACGCGUCAUUAUUAUAAACUAUACAGCCAUUAUAAUAUUACAAUAUACAUUUCUAUAUAAUUAUUAAAACAUUAUUACAUUAUUAUUAUUACUAAAAUAAUUACUAUUACUACCUAUUAUUAUUAUUACUAUUAUAAAUAUUAAUUAUAACUAUACGACCAUAAACGUUAAGUUAUAUUCUGUCGACUGACUUCGUCCCUAAAAAUACAAUAUUAUUAUG